UUUUUCUCUAUACAGAGCAAAAAACACAACAGACAUAAAACACACACACACACACAUACAAAAACACCUGGCCCCGUGAAAAUCAGUUACAUAAUCAACGUUGUACCCAUUCCCCACCCCUCCCCACCCUCCUCACAGUCUAGCUCCAUGUUUGUCCUUUGAAAAUCCAUUUUUUUUUCUCUGCAACCUUAAUCUACUCCAAAUUUUGUUUUUCUGCAACUUAGUACUACACUAACAAUUAGUCACUUGUUUCUUUUAUACUCUUAAAUAUUGUUUGCAGCUCAGCUACUCUAGCUUAGUCCCAGGUUUUCUGUGUCCCUUUGUUUUUUAGUGUUUGACAGUUUGUUUGUUUUCUUCUUCUACACACACACACUGUUUUCUUCAUUUCUGACAUGGGUUAUUCUUAGUUGGUACAUUUUAUUUUCUAAAUUUCAGGGCUUUCCAGAAUUUUUGGUUAUUUUCCAUUUUCAAGAUUCCUCAAAUGGUAAAACUAGCUCCAAAUACAAAUAGUCACAUUUCUUGAGCAUUUCAAGACUCAAUCUUUUUGUCUCUAAAGCCCCUUUUUCUUCGUUAAUGGCUUCUUGAUUGUUGCUUUGGAGGGCUAAGGGAAAAUAAAAAGAACAGAAAUUGAAGAAAGGGUGUUUUCUUAUAUAUAAAAAAACCCCAAAAUGUCAAUUUUGAGCUUUCUUGUGCAUUUCAAGACUCAAUUUUUUUUUGUCUCUAAAGCCCCUUUUUCUUCAUUAAUGGCUUCUUGAUUGUUGUUUUAGAGGGCAAAGGAAGAAAAAACAGAAUAGAGAAAUUGAAGAAAGAGUGUUUUCUUAAAUUAAAAAACCCAAAAAGGCAAUUUUGAGCUUUAUUGUGCGUUUCAAGACUCAAUCUUUUUGUCUCUAAAGCCCCAUUUUCUUCAUUAAUGGCUUCUUGCUUAUUCAUCAUUUGGUUGUUUUAGAGAGAAAAAAUAAGAAGUUGAAGAAAGGGUGGUUUCUUGAAGGAAAAAAAAAACCAAAAAUGGCACUUUUGAGCUUGUUAACAACAAUGUUUGUAGUGUUGGUAUUAUCAAGAUUUCAACUUGGGAAUUUCCAGUUAGUUUUUAAUGAUCAGAAUGUAGUGGAAGCAAUUAGGAAAGAGCUAUUAAUACCAGGGUGGGGUGUGAACACAACUGAUUUUUGCUCUUGGGCUGGCAUUAGUUGCAGCUCAAACAAUUCAAUGGUAGAAAGACUUGAUCUUUCUGGUUUUAGAUUACAAGGUAAUGUGACUCUAAUAUCUGAGCUCAAAGCACUUAAAUGGCUAGACCUUUCUCAUAAUAAUUUCCAAGGUUCAAUUCCACUAUCAUUUGGGAAUUUGUCUAUGCUUCAGUAUCUUGAUUUGUCUUUUAAUAAGUUUGGAAACUCAAUUCCCAGUGAAUUAGGUAAGCUUAAAAACCUUAAGGCAUUGAACCUUUCAAACAAUUGGCUUACUGGAGUUGUACCAAAUGAGCUUAAGGGGUUGGAAAAUUUGCAAGAUUUUCAAAUUUCUACCAACAGUUUAUAUGGCACUAUUCCAUUUUGGGUUGGUAAUUUGACCAAUCUUAAGGUUCUUGCAGCUUAUGAGAAUGAGUUUAGUGGUGAUAUUCCAUUUAACUUAGGCUUAAACUCUGAGCUUUCUUUGUUGAACUUGCAUUCAAAUCAGCUUCAAGGUACUAUUCCUGAGAGCAUUUGUGCUAAUGGGAAUCUUAAAUUCCUGGUUUUGACUCAGAAUAAGUUGAAUGGAACUAUUCCUGAGUCUAUUGGGAAUUGUAAAGGACUUUCAAGUAUUAGGAUUGGGAAUAACAAUUUGAUCGGUGGCGUCCCUAAAGCAGUUGGGAAUAUCAGUAGUCUUACUUAUUUUGAAGCAGAUAGUAACAGUUUAUCUGGUGAAAUUGUGGCAGAGUUUGCCAAGUGCUCUAAUCUCACUCUGCUUAAUUUAGCUUCUAAUGAGUUUUCCGGAACUAUUCCUCCUGAGUUUGGUGAGCUCAACAAUCUUCAGGAACUGAUUGUUUCUGGUAAUAACCUCUAUGGUGAGAUUCCAACUUCAGUUCUUAAGUGCAAGAAUCUCAAUAAGCUUGACUUGAGCAACAACAAGUUCAACGGCACGAUACCGGCGGAUAUAUGCAAUACCUCAAGAUUGCAAUAUUUGCUGUUGGGGGAGAACUCAAUUAGAGGGGAGAUACCUCAUGAGAUAGGGAACUGUGUAAAAUUGCUUGAGUUGCAAAUGGGGAAUAAUGAACUUAUUGGAAGUAUCCCUUCUGAGAUUGGUCAUAUGAAGAACUUGCAGAUUUCACUGAAUUUGAGUCAUAAUCAUCUCCAUGGUCAAUUGCCUCAGGAUUUAGGAAAACUUGACAAGUUGGUUUCUUUGGAUGUCUCUGAUAAUCAGCUAUCUGGGAAUAUUCCGUCGGCGUUGAAAGGCAUGCAGAGUUUGAUAGAGGUUAAUUUUUCAAGCAAUCGAUUCACUGGACCAAUACCUACUUUUGCACCAUUUCAGAAAAGUCCUAAUUCAAGCUUUCUUGGAAACAGAGGGCUCUGUGGUGAUCCCUUGAGUGGUGGUUGUGGAGAUCUAAAUGGUUAUAACCACCGCAUUUACGGUCACAAGGUUUCUUACCGAAUUGUUUUGGCUGUUAUUGGUUCUGGUUUGGCAGUUUUUGUAUCUGUUACAGUGGUUGUUUUGCUGUUCAUGAUGAGGGAGAAUCAAGAGAAAGCAGCUGCCAAGGAAGCUGGAAUUGCCAUUGAGGAAACUUCUAGCAAACCAGUGAUACUAGCUGGAAAUGUCUUUGUUGACAAUCUAAAGCAAGCGAUUGAUUUUGAUGCAGUUGUAAAAGCAGUCAUGAAAGACUCUAAUAAGACUAGUGUUGGUACCUUCAGCACUGUCUAUAGAGCAGACAUGCCUUCCGGGAUGAUUUUGUCGGUUAAGAAACUAAAGUCUAUGGACAGAACUAUAAUUCAUCACCAGAGUAAGAUGAUCAGAGAGCUCGAAAAGCUUAGUAAGCUCGUUCAUGAUAAUUUAGCUAGGCCUGUCGGGUUUGGAAUCUAUGAAGACGUCGUCCUUCUGUUGCAUCAAUAUUAUGCCAACGGGACGUUGGCUCAAUAUCUUCAUACCUCUAGCCAGGAACCUGAAUAUAAACCGGACUGGCCAACAAGACUUGCCAUUGCCGUUGGAGUUGCAGAAGGAUUGGCAUUCCUCCAUCAUGUGGCCAUCAUCCAUCUUGACAUUUCUUCGGGGAACGUGCUUCUCGAUUCUAAUUUCAGGCCUUUGGUUAGUGAAGUGGAAAUAUCUAGGCUUCUAGAUCCAUCUAGAGGGACUGCAAGUAUCAGUGCUGUUGCCGGCUCAUUUGGAUAUAUUCCCCCAGAGUAUGCAUAUACAAUGCAAGUAACAGCUCCUGGAAACGUUUAUAGUUAUGGGGUUGUUUUGCUCGAGAUCCUUACCACCCGAUUACCUGUUGAUGAAGAUUUUGGUGAAGGAAUAGAUUUGGUUAAAUGGGUACAUGGUGCACCUGCGAGGGGGGAAACACCGGAGCAGAUACUCGAUGCAAGGCUCAGCACCAUUUCCUUUUCUUGGAGAAAGGAAAUGUUAGCAGCGUUAAAGAUUGCCUUGCUGUGCACUGACGUGACACCAGCAAAACGACCAAAGAUGAAGAAGGUGGUAGAAAUGCUGCAAGAAAUCACAGAAAGCUAAAUGAAGUUUGCAUCAUCAAUGUAUGUCUUGAUUUCGUUCCUUCAUAUGAAUGCUUCCGUGAAAAUGCUAGUGUAUGACAUACUUAGUCGAGGGGACAAAAUGGUCGAACUCUAUAUACUGGUCGCUGAUAGCUGGUUUACUGAUGGUCGUACUGUUUUCUACUGGGGCUUCAAUCAUAUGUUCAAGAGUUCUUUUUCUCCAAAACAUGUAAAUGUUGGUGAAACAGAUCGAUAUCUCACUAGGAUGAUAUGUUUGCAAAUAGCAUUUAGCUUUCCUUUUCCUAUCCUCUCUUCCAAAUUUAGUAUAGAUUCAAUCAUAGUUAAAGCGUC